GCGACUGCUGUGAAUUGUGACAGUUGGAUUUUCGGAUAUCAUCCCGAGAGAUAAAAUUGAAGAGCAAUCCCCAGAAAAGAUAAAGCAAAAUUCAUCCGAUAAAAUGAUCCAUUUUUAGAAAAAGAAAAUAUCAUAAUCAUGGCUUCUCUGACCCUUCCUUCUCUCAAUGCUUCAACCAUCUCGCGCCUUAAUGAGCAGAAAGCUACUUCUUUGAAUUCUUCAAGUUCAAGGAUAUCUACUUUCAGACGUCGACCCACCUCUACUAAUCAACGUUUUCAAUGUGGGGUUAUUCGAAUGCAAGCUGGUGAAGAAGAUUUUGAGUUGAAGCAAAUGAGAGAUAUGGCUGCUGCAAAGAAGAGAUGGGAUGCUAUGAUUAGGGAAGGAAAAGUAAAGGUUCUUACACCUAGGGAGGCAGGUUAUGCAAUUCAACUUUCUAACAAGCCUCUACUUGACGUUCGUCCAUCAAGCGAGCGCGAGAAGGCAUGGGUUAAAGGCUCCAUCUGGGUACCAAUCUUUGAUAUUGAUAACAAAUUUGAAGUUGGAACCCUUUCCAGAAAAGUCACCAAUUUUGUGAUGGGGGGUUGGUGGAGUGGCACGCCUACAGUAUCUUAUGACAGACAGUUCCUGUCAAAAGUUGAGGAAAAAUUCCCAAAAGAUGCAGAGCUUAUUGUUGCAUGCCAGAAAGGAUUGAGAUCUUUAGCUGCGUGUGAGGUAUUGUGUAAUGCUGGCUACAGAAAUCUUUUCUGGGUUCAAGGGGGUCUAGAGGCUGCUGAAGAAGAGGAUCUUGCCAGAGAAGGCACUCAGCCUUUGAAGUUUGCAGGAAUUGGUGGGCUUUCAGAGUUUCUUGGUUGGACAGACCAACAGAGAGUUCAAGCUGCCAGAGAAGGUUGGGGUUACCGGUUACUAUACUCUGCUCGCCUGAUUGGACUUUUUGUGGCUGCUGAUGCCUUCUUUAUUGGUGCACAGCAAGUAGGUCGAUAUCUUCAGGACUUAAGGUCUCACUGACAUUAUGUGAAUCUGAUUGAAGGUACUGAUUAAAACAUCUGAAAGAUGACAGUUGAGUUCUUGAUCAGUUGAUCACGUAUUAGAGACCAGAGACUUGUUCAGGAUCCCAAUUUUGAAAGCCAGAGUAGUUUGCAGAGUUCAUGUAGUUACCUCUUUCUUAAGUUUGAAUCCUUAUGUUGAACAUGUUCUCAAUCACAUUGCAUCGGAGAUAUUCUCUUGCUUGGGCUGUUAGAGAAUUAAGUGUAUAGUGAUUGAUGUGUAAAAUUAUUGAAGGAUCCUAACUUGUAAGAGAAAUCUUGGAUUAGCUGUUAGCUAGAAAUAUAGAUUUCUACUGCAACUGCCUGUAAUAUAUUCAUAUUCAUUCGUUUUAUUUUU